UAGCCUUCAGGUAGCAGCAGUAGCCUGAAACAGAGAAGAUGUAUUAAUGUCUACAGAAGACUGAGCCAUAAGUGUAGCCGGCUGUCACUACCUGAAGGUGCUUCUUUGGACACCAGGUGAGAGCGGCUCCAUGUUGUAUUUCAGGUACACCGUGCAUACUUGUACAGGACCCUGACAAAGCUUCUGCCCACGGUGUAAAAAGUGAUUUAUAGCUUCUAGCAACUAUUUGACUUUUAUGUGCACUUCAAAUGUUCAAUGACAUAGUGAGACAAGCAAUGGAAAAGGAGGCAAGCCGUUUGGAAAGACAACAUGUACACAACGUGUAUGAGAAGAUUGCACCAUACUUCAAUGACAAACGCUACAAAGCCUGGCCAAAAGUUCAAGAGUUCCUGCUCGCUCAGGAGCCCGGAAGUCUGGUUGCUGAUAUAGGUUGUGGAAAUGGCAAAUAUCUGCAUAUUAACAGUCAGACAUAUAAAGUGGGAUGUGAUUAUUGCCUGCCCUUGGUAGAAGCUGCAAGAAAUCAAGGUUAUGAGGCCAUGGUGUGUGAUGGACUUCGGCUUCCAUACCGAGAUGGCUGUUUUGAUGCUGUCCUGUCCAUAGCUGUGAUCCACCAUUUCUCGACCAAGGAACGUCGUGCUCUGGCUAUUAAGGAGAUGACUCGGAUUUUAAAAGUCGGUGGACAAAUGAUGAUAUAUGUUUGGGCAAUGGAACAAAAAAGAAGAAAGUUUGAGAAGCAAGAUUUACUAAUACCUUGGAACAUGCAGCCAAAUACACAAAAUCUCUCUCUCUCUUGGCAAACAGACCUCAAAACCAUCCCCUUGAAUCAGCACUUCAACAAGGUCCACACAUUCACAAAGCAAAGGACUAAAAGUUUUUCAAUUCUAGAUAACCAGCCUUCACCAUAUCAGAAUAAACUACAGUCAUCCAAGUUCUUAGCACAAUCCUUAGAUUCGGGGCUGAAUGAGACUCCUGACUCUGUGGCCAAUGAACAAUAUAAUGGAAGCAUAUUCCAUAGAUUGUAUAAUCUUUACAUUGACAUUAAGAGAGGUAGAAAUACAAAUUCUCCCAAGGCUUUGCAUUUCUUUAAAACCUUUGUAGAUUUUGUUCCACAUAAUGUGCAGAAUCAUGAGAACAAUAGCAACACAGUUGGGGAACUGUUGAGAUCACCAAUCCCCAAUCAGACUUUAUGGAAGUCUCCAAAUGUAGAACUUGGCAAGGGAAUAAUAGAAGAUCUCAGGGUGGUUCCUCUGCCAGAUCUGGGUUCUAAAUACAGAGAAUCGAUUGAUCAAAAAGUAACUUUUACUAAGAAUUCUGUUGAACAUAAGACUAAGAACCAAAGAGACAAUCCUUUUAUUAGCAGUAACAAUGAUCAUGAGAUGGUUUCAUCACCGGUCCAUCAGCUCCUGCAAGGUGUAAAUAAUAGCUGUCUACGUUACUAUCACAUAUUUAAGCAGGGUGAGCUCGGUGACCUAAUAGAACAAUGCAUUCCCGAGCUUCGUGUUGUGAAGACUUUUUUUGACCAUUCCAACUGGUGCGUUAUUGCCGAAAAGAUUCAACUUUCAAAGGAUUAAUCUGCUGCUGACACACUGGUUGUAUUAGCCUUCUCAAUAAUGUACUUUUAUCUUCAUGAAAUUUUAUUGUGUCAUUUUAUUGUGCAAAAUGUAACAUUGUAUGCUUUAGCUUGAUUGUAUUUAUGGAUAAUUUAUUUGUUUUACUACUAUUGUUUUUUUA